ACUUCCACUAUUCCCGUCCCGAGACCCUCUCGCCGCCGCCUCUUCGCCUACCGCCGUGCAGGGUUUAGGGUUCAGCGGCGGCGGCACCAGCUCCCAUCACCCGAGGCCAACGCCAACGAGACGAGUUGCCGGUGAUGGCGUCGAUCGCGUCGCAGCUGCAAGCAAUCAAGUCGGCGCUUGGCGCCGCGCCCGAGCCGGCGCGGCGGCCCAUCACCCGGCCGUCGGUGCUCUUCGACGCGAAGGAGGCCGCCGAUAUCGACCUCCGCGCCAUCCUGCCCGUCGCCCUCACUGGGUUGGAGCACCUUGCCAGUGUGGAUGAGAGGUUUGCUAGGUACAACAACACUCUGUUCAGGGACACUAGCCUUGAGGUGAACCGUGAACAGUUAACUCCCAAGGAGAAUGAUAAACUCAACAAGUCCAUCUCCACCUACCUUCGCCUUCUAGCUGGUUACUUGCAUCUUCCAUCUGCCCUCAAGACCCUUGAGUACCUUAUACGCAGAUACCUGGUGCAUGUAUACAAUUUGGAUGAGUUGCUUCUGAGCGCACUGCCUUACCAUGAUACACAUGCAUUUGUUCGGAUUGUGCAGUUGGUCAACUUAGGGAAUAGUAAGUGGGCAUUUCUUGAUGGCGUGAAGUCCUCAGGUGCACCGCCACCCAGGAGUGUUCUAGUGCAGCAGUGCAUUCGGGAUAAAGCCGUGCUGGAGACCCUCUGUAACUAUGUUACACCAACAAGGGAAUUCAGUCACUCAAGGACAGUCGUUUGCUUUUGCACCGCUGUGAUUGUGGAGUGCUUGGGUGCUGUCCCAAAGCUUGACACAGAUUUAGUGCAGAGGGUCCUGGGAUUUGUGUUUGACUCUCUUAAUCCUGAAAUAACGGGAGAUCAGGAUUAUAAGGCUGGCGCUCUGAUGAUUGUUGGAGUACUUGCAACGCGGGCAUCUCUAGCGCCAAAACUUGUCCAAAAUUUGAUUUUCUUUGUUGCAAGGACUGCACGACAUGAUGCAUUUGAGUCAAUUGACUUACCAUGGCUUCGUGUCACAGUGAUGGCUAUUAUAAGUCUUGUUCAGUCACAAUCGGUCCAUGGCUUCCCUAAGAAGGCAUUGAUGAUUUUGAAAGACAUCAGAGAUUUUUCUGGUGUACUUUCCGUAUUAUCCAGCGAGUACAAUAUUGAGAGAUUUGUUAGGCUUUAUGUUGAAUCAUUGGUUGACUACAGUACUUCUGAUGAUUCCUGCCAUACACACCUCAUUGAAACUAUUGAGACUCUACCAAUGGAGAACUCUGUUGAAAGAAUUGCGAGCAAGGUUCUUGGCAGCUGUAGCAAGGUAUCUCGGGCCACUGAAAACCCAGAUAUAAAAGGAAUUUGGGCUAAGAAAAUCUUGAGCACGAUUGAAAGAAAAUAUCCACUGGAGCUACAUGAUGCUAUUCGUAAAUUUCUUGAGAAAUCUGAAAUUAACUCAACUGGAGGGGAUUCUUUAUCUGAGGUGUUCGGCUUAGUGUUUGAUGAAAGCAAGAAAAUUCCAACUGAAAUAGCUGACUCAAACAUUUGGUUCAGCCUGGACCAUCCAAAGGCUAUGGUACGCCAAUCGGCUCUCUCAAAAAUUGCUACAUCUGGCAUCUUCAACAACAGUGCUCUAAAUCCACAGAAACUUAUCAAUAUGCAAGAUGCAAUAUUGCGCAGUAUGUAUGAUGAUGAUCUAAGUGUUGUCCAAGCUGCCUUAUCCAUAGAAGGACUAGCAGCUGCUGUUGCAUGUCCUGAUAGCCUUCUAAAAGCAUACGAUGACGUGCUCACCAAAUGCAUCAAAAUCAUUAACAAAGGUGGUUCAAAAGCAUCAAAGGCUUCUGAUGUUGCUGUUUCUUGCUUGGAAAAGAUGGUUAUUGAAUAUCAAUCCCAUCAUGUGGAACAUGCCAAGGACAUAGCUGCAGUAGUUUUUCGUCUGCUUAUUAUUCACCCAAAGACCCUUAGAGUGAACUUAAAGGCCCUGGAGCUAGCUAAGAAAUUACAAUGGGAAUUCUACACAAGUAGUUCUCUUGUAUGUGAUGAGGUCACUGUUCAGAAAAUGAAGGAGAACAUGAGUGCUGACUUCAUUGCUUCCAUUAACAUGAAGAAUAUCAAAGCUUUUGCUGAGACUUUCCUAGCUAACCCAAAUAAGCAUGUAGAGUGGUUGGCUAACUCUGGAAAUGGAACUAGAUUUUCUAGAACUUUGUUUCUACUUGUAGUAUUGGAAACACUUGUUGUUCCCUCAGAAGCUUUGGACAAGCAAGUGAAUCUCUGUAAAGCUUGUUUGCCUGCCCUGAAGGAUGAAUGGCAUCACAUACAGCAUGAAGAUAAUGGUGUUUUUGAUGAGGUGUUUACAAUUUACCAUUCAAUGUUGAAUGAUUUGCCUGUAUUCUUUGGACUUGAACUCCCGUGUUUUGCUUUGCAGAUAAGCAUUGAUAAGCUUGAGAAGUGCAGUCUAGAAUUGGUGAAGCAUAUUUUCAACAGUGAUACAGAGGCAUUGAAUGCUAGAAUCCUUUCAUGUAUAUUUUGGGGACUUCUAAAGGUGCAGUCCUCCUAUAUUAAGAAGAAUUUUAGGAUUGGCAGCGGUGAAAAUGCAAUCCUCGAUGAUUUGUUUCUCUUCUUUGUUACAUCACCUGGCAAAAAUGUCUUUCAGAAGCACUUAGAGUAUCUCGUCAUUAAUUGCACUGGAGCACCUUUUCAAUUUAUUUCGAAGUACUUUCUGGAUGAAGAUUCAUCAGAUAGAGUUCAAGUGGAGAGUCUUCAUAUGCUUGCUUCUAUAUGUUCUAAGUGUGCUUCCUCUGAAAGUAGUAGCUUGGAUGAAAGCAUAUGGAUGCAGCUUUUACUCGGCUUUCCUUCUGUUAUUCUCCCACUUGCUCAUGAGAACAGGGAUAUAAGGUCCUCUGCUAUUAAGUCUGUUGAGGGGUUCUAUUUGGUGUGGCAGCGCUUGAGCACUUCUGUACCAAGAAAUGGUAACGCCAUCAAGUUGCCGCAAUGCAUGUCAUCUCCAACUUUUGGUGUUUUCCUCGAGUCGUUGGUUAACCAAAAGACCAUGAUCUCCUCGGAUGCAAAAUUUCUUCCUGCAUAUAUUUCAUCAAUGCUAUGCCCACGCCAAGACAUGAUAAUUCCAGAGAACCUUCAUGAAAGAUUUGAUCAGCCUACAAAAGAUGCUCUCCUUCAUUUCAUCUUGCACUCUGCUUUAAAGCUCACUCCUUACGGAAAGUUCAUGGUUCUGUCAAUCCUCAAAGGAGUAGGAGGUGUCUUAUUUAAGGCAGAGGACGUGAAGUCUUUGUUCUUUGAUCUUCUGGACUGUCGUGAUCAAUAUCGGAAUCAGCGUGAUUCUAGGCAAAGCUUAUCUACCUAUGAAAUUCAAAUCCUUUGUUUGCUUUUGGAGGUUUUGUUCUCACUGCCAGAUUGUGCAAAUAUUGGUUUUAACAUGUCUGAACCUCUGUUGAGAGCAUUAAAGGUUGAUGCUCUGUCUCCAGAUGAUCCUGUUGUUGUAAUGCCGUGUCUUACUGUCCUGCGUAUUCUUCAACCAGUGUUCUUCGAUAAUUUGGAGACCGAUACUAAGGAAAAAGUUUUUGGGCGCCUUAUUUCUUUGUUUCGAACUGACAACACCCAAAUUCGAAAUGCUACACGGGAUGCUCUAUUGCGAAUUAAUGUUGAUGCUUCCACUGCGGUGAAAUUUAUUGAAUUAAUUGUUGCACUUGGUGAUGCAAGAGGGCGGUCAAAAAGAACAAAGAGAAAGGAUGAUCUGAGUCCUGAUUCAUUUAGCAGUUUUGAGGAGUUAUUUGGAGAAAGCCCUAUAGCUUCUAUUCUGGUUUCUCUUCUAGAUAUUUUGUUUCUUAAGAAAGAUGUGAACCAAAGGACGUGUUUAUUACAACCGCUUUUCCAGAUUCUUUCAAAGCUCCUUUCUGAUCAAUGGAUUUCAGGGAUUGUUUGUCAGUAUACUGACCAACAUGAUACCUCAUCCGAAACCCUUGAUUUAUCCAACUCCAUGAAAGAAGCUCAGCACUUGAUACUGCUGCUCCUCAAAGAUAUUGCAGAUAUGCUGGAUUCGCAUUCGCAUCACCAGGAUGCAAUGUUCAGAAGCUCAGAUGUUGAUCUUCUUAUUAAUUACAUACGGUCUGUCAAGGAUGUAGCAACUCGGAAUCACGGGUUUUCCUUGAUAGCUUCUUUGGGAAAGGCUUGCCCACAACUGUUGUCAGAUAGUAUUCUUGAUUUAUUUCUGGUCAUUGGAGAUGCUAUAAAACAGUAUGACAGCCAUUCUCAACGUGUUUUGGAGGAUUUACUAUCUGUCUUGGUUCCAUGUUGGUUAUCGAGGAACACAAGUAUAGAAAAGCUUCUUCAGAUAUUCAUUAAAGCUUUAGCAGAUAUUCCUGAACAUAGGCGGUUGACGCUAAUGGUUUACCUCUUGAGGACCUUAGGAAAUGAAAGCCAUUUGAGUACUGUGAUCAUGCAUCUGCUCCAAUCAUUGGUGAAGAGGAUUUCACUAUCUCUUUCUGAUCAUCAAGGAAGCCGUUGGAGUGCUUUGUCACAGGAGUGGGAAUAUGGAUUGGCAGUCAAUGUUACUGACCAAUAUUCCUAUAAAUUAUGGUUUCCUUGUUUCAGUAUGCUACUAAAAGAAAUCAGGGUGCAUGGGAAGCAAGGACAUCUAAUGCUACGUUUCGCAAUGAGGCUCCUUCUGUCUAAGUUGCAAGAUACAGAGUUGAUUUUUGAACUUGAAUCUGAUGAGUCUUCUAAUUUUAUCCAGGGUUCUCUUGGAGCACUUAUGGAGGAAGUUGUCCUGUGUACUGUGUAUACUAAAAAUAAAAAAAGAGAUUUUUCUUCUGAUACUAUAAAAGAACUCAGAGAGUCUGCAAAUACAGUACUCAAAACGAUUACAGGGUGGAUGAGUGCUUCAACAUAUUUCAGAGGAAUUACUCAGUUGUUGGAUCAUUCGGACAACCUUGUGAAAAGAAAGACACUUGGGAUAUUGUCUGAAACUGCCAGAGGAAACAGUUUGGUUCAGAACAAGCAAAGAAAAGAACGAAAACUGAAGCAUAGCUCUGUUAUAACUGUUAUCAAAGUGGACAAGAGCUCUGGUCCAUAUUUCAGUAACUUGUGCUUAAAGAUUCUUGAAUUAAUUGACAGAGUGGUUGAUUCGGACACUUCAGUGAAACUUGCUGCUAUUUCUUCGCUUGAAACGCUAGUGAAAGAAUAUCCCUCUGAUUAUCCAGUUUAUAGCAAGUGCCUCUCAACAAUCAUCAAUCACAUUGGCUCUGCAGAUGCAGCUGCAUCUUCUGGAUUGAUUCAUACUGUUGGCUCUCUGAUAAACGUGCUUGGAUCAAAAGCAUUACCAGAGCUCCCAUUAGUUGUGAACAAUAUAAUGCUAAUAGCACAUCAAGUUUCAUUUUGUCCUUGUGGAAGUUAUGCCCAUGGUUCUACUAUAACAGCCACCAGACUUUCUAACCAAGAUACAGCUAUACUGCUAUCUUCACUGACCACGAUUCAAGUGAUUGUGGAAAGGCUGGGCGAAUUUGUUAAUCCAUAUUUGAAGGAAAUACUCGAUCUGGUGUUAUUGCAUCCUGAAUGUUGUGCUCAUAUGGAUGCCAAAUUAGAUGCAAAAGCAGCAGAUGUUCGGAAGCUACUGACAGAGAAAGUUCCAGUGCGGCUUAUUCUUCCUCCUUUACUGGAUCUAUACUCCAUUGCUACUAAUUGUGGGGAAGCAAGCCUUUCGUUGGCAUUUCAAAUGCUUGCUAGUCUUGUUAGUACAAUGGACCGGCUGGCUGUAGGAACUUACCAUGUGAAAAUAUAUGAACAUUGUUUAGCAGCACUUGAUAUCCGUCGCCAACAUCCUGACUCUUUGAAGAAUAUAAACAUGGUUGAGCAAAGUAUUAUUCAUGCCAUAAUUACUCUCACAUUGAAGCUUACAGAGGGCACUUUUAGGCCACUUUUUCUUCGUACUCUGGAAUGGGCUGACUCUGAAGUUGAUCAGUCUUCAUCGAAGAAAUGUUUAGACCGUGCAAUUGUUUUUUACAAAUUGAUCAACAAACUUGCUGAACAACACAGGUCCUUGUUUACACCUUAUUUCAAGUACCUACUUGAGGGAUCUGUACACUAUCUGUUAGAAGAUGAUCCUUUGGUUGGUUCCAAGCAAAAAAAGAAGAAGGCUAAGCUUGAUGUUCAAGUCGAACAGAAGGAUAACUUAUUUGGACUGAAACUGUGGAAUUUAAGAGCUCUGAUUUUGAAGUCCUUACACAAGUGUUUCCUUUAUGAUAACGAACAGAAGAUCCUAGAUGCCUCUAAUUUCCAGGUUCUCCUGAAGCCGAUAGUUUCCCAAUUUGUUGCGGAACCACCAGAAUCUAUUGAAUCACUUGUGGAUGCUCCAUCGGUUGAAGAAGUAGAUGAAGCUCUUGUUUUGUGCUUGGGGCAAAUGGCAGUCACUGCACGCUCAGAUGUUCUUUGGAAGCCUCUUAACCAUGAGGUGCUGAUGCAGACCAGGAGUGAUAAAGUUCGCCCCAAAUUGUUGGGCCUGAAGGUUGUCAGGUACAUGGUCCAGCACCUGAAGGAGGAAUAUGUCGUUCUCCUCCCAGAAACCAUCCCAUUCCUUGGCGAAUUACUUGAGGAUGUGGAGCUUCCUGUGAAGACACUGUCGCAGGAGAUCUUGAAAGAGAUGGAAACCCUCAGUGGCGAAAGCCUCCGGCAGUACCUGUGAGGCUGGUUGGCAGAGGCUGCUCAGUGUCAAAUCUUGUCCCAUGCGCUGAACUGUAGAACAUCAGGCAUGCUCAUUUCCUGUAGAAACAUCGAACAAAUGCAUUCAAUCUUUAGGCAAGAUAUCCUUAAAAAGGUGUGUAAAAUACAGUUUUGAAUCUGUUUGUCUGUGAAUGAUGUUUUGACCUUUCGGGAUGACGUUGUCCUAUGUCAAAUCACGCGUAUAGCAAUUGAUGACCAUCUCUACUUUAACCUGUUGUAAUUUGUAAAUUUGUAUUGUAACUUGUCUGUCAAAGAUUGGUUGGCUGUGCGUUUGGUGA